CAGUUCAUGGGGCCGCUGUUCUCAAACACAGCUGUGCGCAUGCGCGGCGAGCAUAGCAACACUCAGAGGCAGCGGAGAAGACGAAGGACCGUUUUAUGCGCAUUUUGGGGCCGAAAAAAGAUAAAGCACCCCAAACAGACUCGCAGGAAUCAUGGGGAGUGUGUUCCUGCCGGCGGACGCGGCCCACUCGGUGCUGCGGCGACUGCGCAGGGCCAACUCCUUGCUGGAGGAGAUGAAGCAAGGUAACAUUCAGCGGGAGUGCCGCGAGGAGAUCUGCACCUACGAGGAGGCCCGCGAGGCUUUCGAGAACGAUGAGAAGACGAAACGAUUCUGGGACGAAUACGUGCGGGAGAGCAGUCCAUCUGGAGGGUUGGAGACGGUGGUAGGAGGAGUCCACUCUCUCUACUUGAUCGUGCCAUUGCUGCUGGUCGUGCUCAUCAUUGCGGCCGUCGCCAUCACUGUGUGGCGCUGCCAUUCCCGCAAGCGCUCGCAGCGCAGCCCCAGCAUGGGACACUCACAUCAUGACCACGUCCUGUCAGUGGUCUCUAUGGACCAUUGGGGGAGGGAUUACCACCACGGUGACCAAUCAGAACUCAGCGUCCACAGCAGCCCAGCUUAUCCGGGCUCAGAGCUCACAUCAGGAAGAGGAAGCGCUGGAGACCCUCCACCGUCUUAUGAGGAGGCUGUGGGCCAUGCAGACGUCCAAAUAGAGACGGAACCUCCUCCGCAGUAUGAGGAUAUAGUCAACACCAGCUCUAUCAGUGCCAACGGUGGCCAUGGGAAGUAAACCUGUCUCUCACUACCAAUCCAACAAAACCCCUAAUCUACACUAAGACCAUUUUAUCAUUUAGCAGUGCCACUGUUGUGGUAUCACCAGCCUCUCCCCUUCAACACACAGAACACUAUUAACUGUCUGGUCAAUGGACUAAUGCAAUCUUUGCCAGAGCCAGCGCUGUUAAAAUUUGCACUAACCUUUCAUCACUGAGGUGAAGUGGUCGCAGGAAGGAGCAAAUGAUACUGCAAUACCAAAACCAACCAACUCCUCUGGUGAUUCUCCUGGAGUUGCAUCUAUGCUGUCACACUGUAGCAAAUCAUUUUAAGUCAGCAGGCAUAGCAAAUGAUGCAUGUAGCCUAAAGAAAAGAAGGGUUCUGACUGCCAUAAUGAAGGACAACCAUUCUUAAAGUGUAUAUUGAGUUGGACCGAUGCUUUAUUGAAAGUUUUUGAUAUUGGAUAUUUUGCAUCUAUUUUUAAAUACAUAUUUUAAUGUUACAUAUGUGCUGGCAAAAAUAAGUACUUACUGUUGCCACUAUUGCAAAAUGUUGCUUUUCAGGAUUCAGAAAGGACAAGACCACCAAAUUUUGACCACCAGAGGGCAGAAAUAUUAACAAGCCAAUCACCAUCAAAAGGGAACCCCACACAUUUAGUAAACGCUCAGGCUACAGAACCAAAACAGUUACUGAGCUGCAGAGUUCUGCUGUGCUGUUGAUUCACAGUGGGUUCAGCACGACAUGCCGCAUUACAAUCCCCAAUUGGAUUCGUUGUUGAUAUCAAAAUAAACACUUAAUGCAGGUUUAAAUAGUGAAGUUGCCAAAUGAACGCAUCGGUCCACCUUGAGUCUACACUUGUGAAUGUUUAGAUUUAAUGUGUUGAAAUUUUACAGGGAAAUGUGUUUUAUGUAUAUGCGUCAUAUGCGCGUAUAUUUUGGUAAUGCAUGCAGCUUGGUCUGUACACCUGAGGUUGGAUCUGACUCAGCACUGUUUGUUGAUGCUCAGUGCUUCACUGGCCCAGGUCCACCUCUGGGCCAUUGACAGUUGCUCAGAGCCCGCUUUAACUGUGAAAAUCCUUCCCUAACCUUUCCCCUGGAGCAAAUUUAACCCUGUUGGAUAUGACUACAGAAUCGCCUGCUGUGCCACUUUCACUAAAAAGAACACUGAUGAUUCCUUAAAUAGGUUUGCAGCUACGCCAUAAAUGUAAGUUGUGGAGGAGUGACUUGCACAGGAAUGUGGGACAGAAAGCAAUAGAAACAGAAACUUUGGGGAAAGUUGUCAGAGGGGAGAGAUUCUGUAUUUAACGUCACUAUGGACAGAUUUCUCGUUUAGCAUGUGUUAUGUACCUGUAUAUAAAUAUGUAGAGUCCGUAUGUGUGAAAGUAAGUUACAGUGAGAUUGUUUUUUACUGCAUAGCAAUGUGGUGAAUGCAUUGAUUCUAGUGUAACUAUUAUACAGUAAGUCGUGAAUUAAUGAAGGCACUUUGUGUUUAAGCUCAAAAUGAGCUGUUUGAUGGAAACUAGGACUGGUCUGGUUUAAUGUGUUCGGCGUCACUCUCGGCCAUCACAAUGCCACUGUAAUCCUCUGGAGAUAAAAGUGCUCAUACUCUCAAUAUGCAAUGUUGCUGCAUACACUAAAAAACCAAAUAUAUCUGUCUAAUGUUCACAGAUCCUGCGAAAGGUCACAUUUCCUGUCUACACCUCACAGACUCUGAGCACUGACUAUUAUUACUCUACUUUUUUUGUGAGUUGACCUGUGAACCUCAGCACUUGCUAUGACCUUCAACUGAGUUGUGCUGGUGGGGGUAGCCAUUUUGGUUAGGUCGGGUGUUUAUUCUCACUUGCAGAGCCCUUUUUUUACAAUGCCUUAUCCAGCAAAAUGUUAUAUAACAUUAAAUGCAAGUGAACUUGUUAUAAAUCCUUUAUGUGCAGAAGCUUGAAUUAAUUUGUAAUAAAACAUUAAAAAUGCA